GAAGAGAAAAACCGAACAGCGUUCUAGAGAGCUGUGUGCAGCGGCAUCUGUCACCAGGCUCCCCAAAACCUGCAAACUAUAGAUUCAUUAAUCAGUUCCCUUUGCCCAAGCCUGCUUGACUCCGACUUUCUAUACUUUAGAAGUCCUAACAAAUGUCCCAAAGUUAGCUCCUCGGCAAAGUCAGAGGUCUGUCCAAAGCUGCCUUCUCACUGCGGAGUCCUGCGUCAUUCACAUUCAGUUCCUGGCGAUCUGGAGCCGAGGGUUAAAGGGAGGCAGCAAACACUCCUAGACACCAGGAGCACCGGCUUCCGAGCUACGCUUCAGAUUUUGCGAGCUGGCCGUGUGGUUUUGAUGCCUGACAAAGCAAACACGCAAUAGGCAGCUAGAAAAGUCCCUGCAAGUGGUGACGGGAAGGGGGAUACAUCUGCACCAACAACAGUGUCUCAGCCUCUGGGAGAAAGCCCAAUACUAUGGCCCACAAUGCCUUGCGCCAAGGCCGGUCCCGCCCCCUUCAGCUGGGUUCUCAGACUCGGAAGGGUUUUAACGACUUCCGCUUUCCCGGCGGUGGCCCUUGUGUAGUGAGAAGCGACUAAAACUGCUGGCGGCAUGAGGGGACCGGGAGUAGGUUCGGGGCUCUCCGGUGAGCGAGGGUUGUCAGGGAAGGAGGCUGGCGCGGACACGGAGGUGGCGGAACUGCUGCCCUUCCUGGUUCCCGGAGCGCGAGCAGACCUACAGGCAGCCGCGGCGCAGCACGUGCUGGCUCUGACUGGUGUGGGCUCGGGCCGCACGCUGUUGGCUGGACAGACAGCGUUGUUGCGGGCUUUGAUCGACCUAGCGGUGGCCCCGAUCCCAGCUCCUUCCCGCGAUGCCUCCCGUGCGCUGGUGAACUUGGCUGCUGAUCCGGAUCUGCACUGGCAGAUGCUGGCGGCGGACCCGGAGCUGCCUGUCCGCCUGCUGCGCUGCGUGUUGGACCCUCAGUGGCCCUGGGCUGAAGAGUUGGCUGCAGUGCUGGCCAACCUGAGUCGCGAGCCGGCUCCGUGUGCUGUGUUAACGGAGAAGCUGGUGGCCGCUGAGCCCGAGCGACUGGGUCUGGAGCGGCUUGUCAGCGCGCUGUGCAUGCCCAGUUACAACGCGUCCGCACCCCUGCAUUACCUGGGGCCGUUGCUCUCCAACCUUAGCCAGCAGGCGGAGGUGUGUGGUCCAACGGCUAUUGCCACUUACCCAGUACACAGACUCCUCGGACACCACAAGUGGUUACUCGGGCCCCAAGUCGACAUUCUCCCCUUCUUGCUACUGCCCUUGGCUGGGCCUGAAGAGUUUUCCGAGGAAGAGAUGGAGGAGCUGCCCGUUGACCUGCAGUACCUAUCACCGGACAAGCAGCGAGAGCCGGAUGCUGACAUCCGAAAGAUGCUUAUCGAAGCCAUCAUGCUGCUGACAGCCACCGCACCUGGUCGGAAGCAGGUACGGGAUCAGGGUGCUUACUUGAUCCUUCGAGAGUUAUAUGCCUGGGAGUCAGAGCCUGAUGUGCGAAUGGCUUGUGAGAAGCUUAUCCAGGUGCUUAUUGGGGAUGAGCCAGAGGUUGGCAUGGAAAACCUGCUGGAGGUGCAGGUACCUGAAGAUGUGGAACGACAGCUCCAAGAGCUAGACCAGCAAGAACAGCAAGAGCUUGCUCAAGAGCGAAGAGACAAGGGUGCCCCACGGACCUGAAGCCCCUUUGGCCCACCUUUGCCAGGGUUCCCACAGGGUUCUAGGGUAAAUGCCCAGUAAGUGUUGAGAAGCUCGAGGAUAAUACAGCCCAAUCCCGUGCCCUGUUGCAACCAGCACUAAUGUGUGCUGUUCAGAGCUGCACUCUGGAGGUGGAGCCAGCCAGGUCCUGUAUCACAGCUGCCUACAGAUGAGGCAGGAUGCCCAUCGUCACUGGAACUAUGAGGAGCCUGUUCCCAGACUGAUAGGACUGGACUGAAAACACUGCGAGCCCUGGGAAGCCAACUAGUUUUUCAUUCCUGCAGGCACUGAAGGGUCUAGACGUGGUUAGGCUUAGAGAUAUAAACAGUGCUGUGAGCAGUCCUUUGGAGUCCUUUUGCUCUCCUUGCCCAAGACCUUGAAAGCAGACUACACUCGGAUCCCAGGGUCUUCCUAGAAUGCUCUGCCCUUCUAGGCCUGUCUUUGGAUCGCUUGCUGGGUAUCGUUGCCCAUUCUAUCUCUUAUUUCUCUGCUUCAUCUGUCAGCCUCCUCAGUCUCAGGCUGAAUUGGGACUCAGCCCUUCAAAUAGAACCUACUCCUCGGUUAACCUCUUCAAGCCUCAGUUGCCUUUCAAGACAUCCAAACCCUCCUGUUGGACACAUCUCUGCAGAGAUUCUCCUGCAUGUUCUUCCAGCAUUCAUGAUCCUACCCUCAACAUCUGGAGCCUACUCCGUGUAUGCACCCUGUCUUUCUAAUUCUGUAGAUACCAUGCCCUACUGCAUCCCCUUUUCUGAGCCACAGAUCUGCUCCACCUGUGUGUGCUGUUUUCCUCAGGAAGAGGUCCUUCCAGGUCCCCGACACCUGUAGUCUUCAUGGGAGUUUGCAGUGUUCCAGCUUCAGAGGAAGGCUGGUGUAGUGUUAUCAUUGCAUGGCUAGGUGUUUUCAUUGAAUACCAGGAGUCUUCUCCCCUCUCCCCCAAUGAUGCUCUCCAGAACUCUUGUUAAAGCUUUGACGCUAUUGACACACA